AUGGCAAAUAUUCCACCACCCACUCAACAACCUGUUUUUCGUCCUCCCCCCUCGCCAAAUUUUCGUCCUUCUCCACCCCCAGUGGGCUAUAGACCUUCAAACUCGCCAGGAAUUCCAAAUCAAAAUUGGACUCCUCGGCCUCAAUCUCCACCACCGGGUGCAAUUCGUCCUCAAACUUUAGGAAUGCGACCACCUGGCGGCAUUCCUGGCGCAAUUCCUGGCGCUCCUCCUCCAGUUGGAGGUCAACCUUAUUUAGCUUCGAAUAGUGCAUUACCGGGAGUUAGACCAUCAGUUUCGCCUCAUUUUAGACCAGGGCCCUUACCACCGCCUUCAACUGGACGUCCAAUUAAUGUAAUGCAACCACAAACAGGAUAUGGAUAUACACCGAAUGCUCAACCACCAAAUUAUAUAACAACUGCAUCACCUCCUCUUCCUGAAAUACCAGUCUCUCCUGCAAAUACUAAUACUUCACCCCAACUUAGCAAUACACGUCCACUACCUAAACGUCAAUAUCCAAAACAACAAAUGGCAGAGACAUAUACGGAUCCUACAAACGUAUAUGAUCAAACGUUUACACCAGCAACACCUGGUAUUGGUCAAGAAAUAUACGGACAACCUCCAACAGCGCAAAGUUCCAUGGGCACUUUGACUAAUCAAUUUAGUAACAUGGCUAUGAAUGGGCUGUCUCAAUCUCAAUCACAUACUGUCCAUUUGAUUGGCUUUCAACCAAAUGUCAGAGAUUUGGAUGCUCCACCUCCACCAAUAAUUUUGCCGCCUAAUUCAUCGGUAACCAGUUCUGAGAACGCCAAUUGUGAUCCUUCAUACAAAAGAUGUACUUUAAAUACCAUCCCCGCAACCUCUGCGCUUCUCAACAAAUCCAGGCUGCCGCUUGCACUUGUUAUAACUCCAUAUAGAAGUGUAAAAGACGGCGACGAGCCUGUUCCAGUUGUCACGGAUACUGUUAUUGCAAGGUGUCGGAGAUGUAGAACUUAUAUUAAUCCAUUUGUUACAUUUGUUGAAAAUGGACAUAAAUGGAGGUGUAAUAUGUGUUUCUUAUUGAAUGAAGUUCCAAAUCAAUUCGACUGGGAUAUACAAUCAAAUGCACCAACUGACCGUUGGAAACGUGCAGAGUUGAAUCAUGCUGUAGUUGAAUUUGUGGCACCAACAGAAUAUAUGGUUCGACCGCCACAACCACCAGUUUAUUUGUUUGUAAUUGAUGUUUCAUUUCCUGCUGUUCAAUCUGGAAUUGUCGCGACAGCAGCACGUACAAUAUUGGAAUCUUUGGAUAGACUGCCGAAUGAGGAUAAUCGCACGAAAAUUGGGUUUAUUACUGUGGACACCUCAUUGCAUUUCUACAGUCUAAGUCCCAAUACAACUGAGCCGCAGAUGCUCGUUGUAUCAGAUCUUGAAGACGUGUUUCUUCCUCAACCUGAUGAUUUAUUGGUAAACUUGUCAGAAGCUCGGACUGUGGUUGAAUCAUUACUCAAUCGUCUUGGGGAUAUGUUUAAGGACACUCAAAUUGUUGGAAAUGCUUUAGGUUCAGCAUUAUCGGCUGGAUUUAAAUUAGUUUCGUCUUGGGGAGGCAAGCUUAUAGUGGUGCAGUCUAGUUUACCAAGUAUAAAUCCUGGAGGCUUAAAAAAUCGCGAAGAUACAAAAGCUCUGGGAACGCAAAAGGAAUCAACACUACUACAAUCUGCCGAUCCUUUCUACAAAAAAUUUGCAGUAGAUUGUUCUCGUUCACAAGUCUGCGUGGAUAUGUUCUUACUUGGCUCUCAAUAUUCGGAUGUAGCAACUCUAAGUUGUUGUCCGCGUUAUACUGGAGGACAAACAUACUUUUACCCGGCGUUUAAUGCUGGUCGAUCGGAAGAUGCUCUUAAAUUUGCGCAUGAAUUUGCUGAAUUUUUAGCAAGUCCUAUUGGAUUAGAAGCUGUAAUGAGAGUCAGAGCUUCUAAAGGUAUACGUAUGACCUCAUUUCACGGAAACUUUUUUGUUCGACAAACGGAUUUGCUCGCUUUGCCAAAUGUAUCGAGGGAUCAUUCGUAUGCUAUCGAGCUUGCAAUCGAAGACAAUUUAACUACACCGACUGUUUGUUUCCAAACUGCUGUCUUACAUACAACUUGCUAUGGCGAGAGGCGAAUUCGAGUUCUUACACUUGCACUACCUGUGACAAAUAGUUUGAGUGAAAUGUUUGCUUCCGCAGAUCAAGUAGCCAUUACCACGUUACUAGCAAAUAAAGCGGUUGAACGAUCUCUAACUUCUAAAUUGGAAGACUCACGAGAAGCUUUAACAAAUAAGAUUAUAGAUAUUUUAGGCGUAUACAAAUCUGCUCUUACACCUGCACAUACCGGCGCCUCGCCUCAAUUGCAAAUAAGCGACAAUCUAAAACUUUUGCCACUUUUAUCUUUAGGGUUAUUGAAGCACGUUGGACUUCGUGCCAGUUCUCAAAUUCCUACUGACUUGCGAGCUUAUGCCAUGUGUUUAUUGACAACAAUGCCAUCACAAUUAUUAAUUACCUACCUACACCCGCGUUUCUAUUCAUUGCAUGAUAUGCCGUUGGAGGUUGGAACACAUGGUCCCGAUGGAAUUAUAAUGCCCGUACCAUUGAAUUUGACCAGUGAGAAAUUAGAACGCCAUGGAAUAUACUUAGUUGAAGAUGGACAAAAUAUCUUUAUAUGGGUAGGGAAAGACGUGUCUCCUCAAUUAUUCAUAGAUUUAUUUAAUGUCAGAACAUACGAAGAAAUUCGCGGAGGAAAGUCGACUUUGCCUCAACUAGAAACCUCUUUUUCACAACGAGUGAACGCUAUUAUUGGUAAAACCCGAGAGUCGCGGCGCGGUGUAUACUAUCCGCACUUAUAUAUAGUAAAGCAAGAUGGCGAUCCUUCGUUAAGAUUAUGGUUCCUCUCUCAUAUUAUAGAAGAUCGUACAGACACCGUCAUGAGUUAUAUCCAAUGGCUAGGUUAUCUAAAGGAUAGGGUUAACGCUGGUGCAUUUUAA